AUGCCCCCCAAAGCCCUAGGCCUCCUAGCCGUCCCCAGCCGCCGCACCCACCCCAGACGACCCCCCUCCACUUUCACCUACGACCCAGGCGACGCCAUAACCCUCGCCUGGCUGCAACGCCUAACAACCCACCUCGAAGCAAACGACAUCCCCGUCUCCCUCCUCAACCGGGCCCUCUUCCGCACCCUAAACUGGCAAGACAACCUCUUCCUGGACCCGUGCAUCGACCUCAACAUCCCCAGCCACCACAUGGGUGGGGCGAUCACUGUGCUGCAAGCCGCCGGACUGGACGACACGCCGCGGUCCGUGGCCGAGACGCUGGCCUGCAUGCACUACUGGCCCUCGGGCCCCAGCAAACGCUUCCCCGCGGACCGGGACUGCCGCGUCCAGGACGCGUGGUGGGCGCCGGCGCACGUCUUCUUCGUGCAGCGGGGGCCUUACAUCCCGGCCCUCCACCAUCGGCUCUGGAGUCUGGGCCCGGAGGGGGAUUCGCCCGACAGUGUCGAGAACCCCACACAAGAGGUGAUGGUGCGGUUGUUCGCGCACGAGCAGUAUUUCUGGCAUAUGCCGUGUCCGAGUUUUCGACACCACCCCAGGGAGGAUGGGGAUUGGGAGUGUUAUACUAUGGUUCGUGUCGAGGAAGAUAUCAAGGCGGGAGGGGAUCGGGACCUGCCCAAGAUGGUCCGCGUUAUGAAGCCGGCGCAGUACCUUGAGGGGAUGCUGCUGCUACACUGGCGCGAUCGGCGCUCGACGAAUGAUACCAAGGGCACCUCCUGGGAGCUGACCUACGACAUGCUCUGUGAUCUGGUCCGGCGCACCAAGCCCGCCUGUCUGCGGAUCCGGGCGUUUCGGCCGGAGAUGCGCAAGCUGCUGCAGGACGAGCUCCACGCGCCCGACAGCAAGACCGACCGCGAGUACAACUGGCUGUUCCUGCAGAGACGUAUCAAGCGCGCGCAGCUGACGUACCAGAAGUUGAAGGGCACCCCCAUGAUGCCCCUGUCCCCGUUCCCGAUCCCGCCCAGCGGGUUGCCCGAGUCGCUGCACAAGACGUACGUGGCCAUUAUGAAUGGGUAUGAGCUGUAUGAUCCCAAUUUGCCGUGGGUGGAUCGGCGAUUCGGUGUAUUCCGCCUGGAUGAAGACGGCAACAGAAUUGAGGGUGUGUAUGUCGGGGAUGAUGAGGAGACCGAUUCGGACUCCGAAGAAGACCCUAGCGUUGAGGGCUAUGAUUAUGCGAUUGAAGUGUAUAACCCCAGCGAGGAAGAAUCGUAG